AUGAAACGCAGCCAUCCUUCGCCCGGGGAGCCGGAGGGAGAUUCCUGCUGGUCCCUCUUUGAUGAUGGAGAAACCCAGGAGGAAGCUGAAGGAGUGGGCGGCGUCUGCGCAUCGGAACAUCCCUACUUCAAAGGCCGAACCUUCCCAAAGGAGUCAUUGGAAGAGGCCUUGGAUGAGUACAUCCCGACAGCUUGUGACUUCCUGACCAUGGCUGGAACGCAGGGCCGGUCGACGGCAUCCUCCCUGCAUAAGGCCGCCGGCCGAUUCCGUGCUAAUGACCGCGAGGGCUGCGCCGCAGCUGCGCGUGUAGCUGCGGGCGGCGCUUGGCAGCUCUUGCAGGAGACGGCUCCGUCAGAGGCCAUCCUCCACACGCACGCCCUCUCUCAUGCAAUGCUGGCCGCCUCCCUUACCGAUCCAUGGGAGGCGAUGCGACACGCAGAUCUGGCUUUGCUUUUGUGCCCAGACCUGCCAAUUGGGGCACUACAUGGAUUGGCACAGGAGUGCAACCUGCGCUGCCAAGCCCAAGCCCAGAAACCCUGCGCCGAAGAACGGGCCUGGCAUAUCCCGGCGGAGCUGGACCUUCGCAGCCCGAAGGUUCCACAGAUCCUGCAGCCCAUCGAACGUGUGGGAUGCCAUGGGCUCUCGGUGAUAUCCUUCCGGGAGCGAAUGCUGAAGCGGGCCUGCCCUGCAGUGGUGGAGGGGCACCUGUCGCAGGCACAGUGGAGUGCGCAGGGCUGGUCAGACCUGAGGUUCUGGGCUGUGCAGCACGGGCAUCGCACCAUACCCAUCGAAAUGGGCUCCUCAGAGGAUGACGCAACCAGCAUGGCGCUGCAGCAGUCGACCGUCUCAGAAGGAAGCCUCCUGGUCUCUGAGUUUGUGGACAAGUAUCUCUUGCCUUCCAACGAGUCCUGCCAACGCCUGCCGGAAGAGUGGCCCAGCGAGGGCAUCGACGAGUGGUCCGUGUCGCAGGUGGCUUACAUGGCCCAGCACCAGCUGCUCAUGCAGAUCCCAGAGCUACGGCGCCAGAUCUCAGUCCCGCACUUCUGCUCGCUCGGCCAACUCCAGACCGUGAACGUGUGGAUCGGAACUGCUGGCACAGUCACUGCGCUCCACUAUGACUUGGACGACAACUUCCUCGUACAAGUUGCAGGGUUCAAGUACGUGCGCCUCUAUGCGUAUGGGGAGUCUGAUAACUUGUAUGCUGAGGAUGCGCCGCGUGACCGGGGGAAGAAGCAUGGCGCUUCGUUCUCGCCAGUACGUGUGGAGUCGCCUGACCUCGAGGUGCACCCGAAGUUUGCUCGGGCACAGUACACGGAAACGCUGCUCGGGCCUGGGGAGAU